AUUGAGAGGCUGUCCAAUAAAAAAAACCCAAAUUCAGUAAAACUCAUUAUUCGAUCUUAACCGCCGCCGCCGCCACCAACACCACCGGUUCCUCCUACGCAAAGCCUCAACCCACCUCCAUCAUUUCUGUUUCUAACUAAACAAAAACUUAGCCAUUGGUUCCGUCGACGUUAAUACCUUAUUUCUUUUUUCCUUUUUCUUCUCAUCAACUGUAAAUGGAGAAAAGAUGCUUCGCAAACGCACUUAGGUACUGAAUCUACGGAGCGUGCCAUUAUUUCUGUGGUGGAAGGUCGUCAUCACUGAGCAAGAACAAAAAGAUUAGAGUAGAAGAAAAUAUGCUAAGGAGAAGGCUUUCUGUUCUCUCGACUUCAAUCAUCAGAAGUUCGAUUUACAACCGAUACCCAGCUGUUCAAUUUCAACCCCUGCAACUCCCACAACCUCUUGAUGUUCGUGCAACAUUUAGUAAUCUCAAUGCACACACAAAUUUUCAAGGUUUUAGAGCUUACAGUCUUCUGAGUUUGAAUGAUCUAAGAGAUAAUGUUCCCCGAAAACAGAAGACAAGGAAAGGUCGUGGAAUUGGGUCUGGAAAGGGUAAGACUGCUGGGAGGGGUCAUAAGGGUCAGAGAGCUAGAAAAGGUUCAAAAUUGGGGUUUGAAGGAGGUCAGACCCCUCUUCGUCGUAGGAUGCCUAAACGUGGGUUCAAGAACCCGUUUAGCCUCACUUUUCAGCCAAUAGGUUUGGGAAAAAUUGCAACGUUUAUCAAUGCUGGGAAGAUAGAUUCUUCUGAACUGAUCACAAUGAAAACACUCAAGGAUGCAGGGGUACUCGGGAAGCAAAUUAAAGAUGGAGUACGAUUGAUGGGGCGUGGUUCCGAGAAGAUCCAGUGGCCAAUUCAUCUAGAGGUAUCAAGGGUCACUGUUAGGGCCAAGGAAGCAGUUGAAGCAGCUGGUGGGUCUGUCAGAAAGGUGUAUUACAAUAAAUUGGGCUUCCGGGCACUGUUGAAGCCUGAGUGGUUCGAGAAGAAAGGAAGAUUGUUGCCUAAAGCAGCUAGACCACCUCCAAAGCAAAAGGAUAAAGUCGAUAGCAUUGGUCGGCUUCCUGCCCCAACCAAGCCAAUUCCAUUUUUAGUUGAAACAAGCAAGGAUCUUCCAGUAAAUCAGCUGAGUUAAAUAAGUAAUAAGUUUAGUACCCUUUUUCUGGAAUCUGUAAUCCUUUUUCAUGUAACCAGUUUGAUUCAAAAGAUUUUUAUGUAGUUCAUUGAUAAUAGAUAAAAAAUAAUUUAAUUUUAUCAUUUGGGACAAAUGAAAUUUGGAAAUCUCAUGUUGUGCAUCAAAGAUCACAAGUUGAUGAGAAUUAUAAUUUCAUCUCUAUAAUUUGUAUUGAAUUGUAAUAUUGUCAA